CGACAUCAAUCUUACAGAAUACAGUUCAGACUACCAGAUUGAGAGGCAGGCCGGGUGUUGACGCGAUGGUGUAGGACCUUUCGACUCCUUGCAUCUCAGAAAGUUUCCCGAGCCUAGCGAUGGCAUCCAAUACUGGUCCUAACAAAAGCAGCAGCAAUCACGAUCAAGAGGAUGAAGAUGCCGAUGCGAUCCUAGCAUCGCUGGAGGAAGAAGACUCCGAGGCUUACCAGACUCAGAGACUGGAAGAAUUAAAAAAUGCAGCGGGAGUGUCUGCCGGAACUACAACCUUUGCCACGAUCAAGAAGGCAUAUAUCACACUGAAGAGUGAUGAGGAGGCCCUUACUUUCACGACCGAGCACGAGAGAGCAGUGCUCCAUUUUUUCCAUCCCGACUUUGCGAGAUGCAACACAAUGGAUACCCACUGUGAGCUCAUUGCGGAGAAGCAAGCAGAAUACGGGAGUGCGGAUGUUGCCUUUGCCAGAAUCGAUGUCAAGGACGCGCCGUUUGUGGUUGAGAAGCUGAGUGUGAGAGUUCUGCCGUGUGUGAUUGGAUUUGUCAAAGGAGCAGUCAAAGGGAGAGUCACCGGGUUCGAGGGACUAUGCUGGGAUGGCAAAGAGGGCAGUAUGGAUGUCACCAGAGCCCUUGAGGAUGUACUUCUGGGCUGGACAGUGUUACCCAAGAAACUCCUCCUUGGUCACGAAGACGAGAGAAGUGAUGACGACGAGGAAGCGCCAGAUCGUCGGAAAGCAGUCCGCGGAGCUAUUCGCAGUCGGAACCAGAACGACAACGACGACGACGACGACGACGAUUGGGACUGAAGGACUCAGCAGAUUCUGCCAACGACCGCCACGUACGGGACAGUUGACCAUUCCCCUUCCUCAAUAAGGACCAACUCGCCUCAUGCCCAUUCCGAGUCAUUUCACUGCUCGCGGUGAACCGGUACUGGGUCCAAAUCGCAAAGCGUUGAGGGUGCGUUGAGCUUCUCGAAAAUGGAGCUGCCAACCUGGAAACCAGGGCAAUAUUUGGACUGCAGGAAAUACGCGAGUAUUCUGUGUCGAUGCUCGGGGAAGUACGGUGUGGUGUGCAAAUGGUUACAGCCAAGCCAAGCUCUGGAGCAGAAUGUCCCGGUUGAUUCAUUGACGGAAGCAAAGUUAGCCAGGCAAUGUUUGUCCCUUCCUGAUGAUUACCCGUAACCACUUGAGAUGCAGUUAGUCUGAUGUUCCACCUCUAGUGCAGUAAGAGAGCUCAUUGGCACGUCCAAGACGCUACCCAUUCUGCCAGGUCGGGAGUGAAAUAAUCGAUGCAUUGCCACUGACUGUCCAUUAUGCGGCAGCUGAUUGAUAAAAGUGGAAGAAUAGCUAUUGAAGUGGAUGCAUCUGAGAUAUUCCGC